AUGAGAUAUUAUAACAAUUUAUCACUUUAUUAUUUGCAGGUAUAUAUUAUUUAUGAUUCAAUUUUUCUUUACAGACUCUAUAGGAGUUUUAUAUAAUCAUUGCCUUUACUUUUUGCAUGGUAUCAAGUAGCCCAACAGGAAAUAAGAGAAAAAACUUUAAGCGCGUGCACUUAGGAAGAAAUUUUGGUUGAUAAAGUGAAAUAAUUAAAAAAAUAAUCUGUAUUUAUUAAUGAAAUUGAAAGAUUAAGAAAUUCAGCUGGUAAAUUUCCAAUCAAAAAUAGUAUUUAGACACAUUAAGUUAAAGAUCUUAAAGUAUAAAGAGUAAAUUUAUGGUAUUAAAUAUUAGACUAGAAUGUAAUAAACUUUUCUUGCAAUCAGUUUCGGAAUAACAUUUUAUAAACCUUGAAGAUUUGUAUCUUAAAAGAUGGUUAACUCCUGAACAAAUCCUUGACAACAUCUUUUAAGAUAAACUUGAAUCUUAUUUUACUUUACCUUCCUUUUUCGACAGGUCCAAAGAAUUGAAAAGGAUAGCGUAUGACAUUGAUGAAAAAAAAAGUAAUACUUUCUUAAAUUAAAAAAUAGUUUAUUACAUAACCCAAUGA